GGUAAUGGACAAGAGUGAAUUCCGCAAGUACAUCCGCUCUACCUACACGGGUAAGCUGGCACUGGCGGCUGUGGAGGAUAUGGCCGAUGCCACUUUCGACCGUGUAGAUAUUAAUAAUAAUGGAUCCAUCACAUUUGAGGAGUUCAAGCAGGCCCUGCUGCAGAACCAACUCGGCACCGACCACGAAGACUUCACACUGCAACUGCGCCCUAUGAAAGGCCUCCCGCGAAAUGAAAUUGAAGUGCUACAGCUAGUUGGCGAGCGUUUCCAUCUGGAGCCUGGACAGACACCCCAAGACCGACCUGACGAGCGAUGCGCAUACUUUCUCUUCAAGGGCGAGGGUGAACUAGUGUUCGGAGAUGAGGAGGCCACUGAUCGAAAGUUGUCUAGUGCUCACCCGGAACAAGCCUUCUUCUCUAUGCGUGAGCUGUUUGUUGACCAGAAGGCUAUUCUGAAGUUUAAGGCGCUUACUGCCUGUGACGUGAUCAAGAUUCCCAGGGAUGAUGUCUCGGCUCUGGCCUUGAACAACCACAAGGGCGCCACCAAACUGAUUGAGCGCAUGGGUACCAUCAUGUACGAACGGACAAUGCACAGUAAGGAUCAGAUAGAGGCCAAGCAGAAGAACGGGCCGAUCACGGCUAGCGAGAGCAAGUUCAUCACAGAGCACAAGGCCUUGCUACUCGGAUAUGCACUCAAGUACCACUCACUCGGCAAGAAGGGUAAGCUAGAAAUUAUGCCCACAAAGAACCUCGGGUCUGCGUCUGCUCUGUCCAUUGCUUACUCGCCCGGAGUUGCGGAACCCUGCCUGGCUAUCAAGGACAAUCCCGAUCUAUCAUACGAAUACACCACCAGAGGUCACUUGGUAGGUGUAGUGUCUAACGGAACGGCUGUGCUGGGACUGGGCAACAUUGGUGCUCUAGCCUCCAAGCCUGUGAUGGAGGGCAAGGCCGUUCUGUUUAAGCAGUUUGGAGGUGUGGACUCGUUUGAUGUUGAGAUUGAUCAGCAAGAUCCUGAUAAGCUUAUCGACACCAUUGUCAGUCUGGAACCCACUUUCGGAGGCAUCAAUCUCGAGGACAUAAAGGCGCCCGAGUGCUUCUAUAUUGAACCAGAAUGCCAGAGACGCAUGAACAUCCCCGUGAUGCACGAUGACCAGCAUGGUACCGCUAUUAUUGCGGGAGCCGGUCUAGUAAACGCCGUGAGAAUAGCGGGAAAGAACAUAGCUGAUGUUAAGGUUGUGGUCAAUGGAUGUGGUGCUGCCGGUUUCACGUGUGCUAAGCACUUUGUGCGGUUAGGUGUCAAGAAGGAGAAUGUCAUCUGCUGCGAUAAGGAUGGUGUUGUCUACAAGGGCCGCGGAGACCUGGUAGCCGAUCCUAAGCUCUACUUACACGAGGUUGCUACGGAGUCUCCAUUCAGAACGUUGUCUGAAGCUAUAGAAGGUGCCGAUGCUUUCUGUGGGCUUUCCGCUCCCAAUUGCCUCACUCCCGAGAUGCUGUUGAAGAUGAAUAACUCUCCUCUCGUCUUUGCGCUGGCCAACCCCACACCGGAGAUUGACUAUAACUUGGCAAUGCGCACUAGAGACGAUUGUAUAAUGGGUACCGGCAGGUCGGAUCUACCCAACCAGAUCAACAACGUGUGUGCCUUCCCAUACAUCUUCCGUGGUGCCUUGGAUGUGCGCGCGAGCAAAAUCAACGAGGAUAUGAAGAUGGCCGCUACGCAAGCCAUCGCCAAUUUGGCGCGAUCGGAUGACACAUUCGGCCCUAAGCAUAUUAUUCCAGAUGCUCUUGACCCACGCCUGCUGUACCAUAUCUCACCUGCCGUCGCUGAAGCUGCGAUCAAUUCUGGUGUCGCUCGAAUGCACAUUGACAUUGGAGAAUAUACUGAUAUGCUCAAAGAGAAGCAGACUCUCGGAGCCUUAUAAAUAGUUAUCUAGUAGUCAUCCAAGAGUAGUGUACACCAGAUAUACUGCUCACUUUUAUCUGCUGAUACGUUGAACAUAAUAAAAUUGAUUGAGAACUA